GCUUUGCUUCGUGAUGAAUCAAAAUGGCCAGAAGAUACAAAAAAUGCAUUGGAUGACAAGUGCUGCUAGAAGGUGAACAUAAAGACCAGACAGAGGUUCUUGACAUUAUUUGCCACGGCAUUAUCUUCAACUACAUACCUGCAUACAACUUUGCCUUCCGUCAUCUACAUUGGAAUCAACGAGCGAUCCAGAGGACCACCUGCAAGAAGGUGCACAACGGCACUGCACGUUCCUAGGAUGGGAGUGUUUCGCAGCGGUUCGCGAUCCGUGACGCGCCCCGGCAGCGAGGUGAGGUACUCGGAUACCAGAGUCGGAGGAAAUUUUGAAGACUUGAACGCACCACAAUUCACGACCGCGUUCUCAACAACGUCGUCCUCGAGUGGUCAGGAAGCGCAGUCCGCGAGCACUGCAAGUAGCAGCAGCAGCCGACCGGGCAGGAUCAUGUCGUCUUCGUCCACUAAGUCAAGUUAUAAGCAAGCACACAACCAUGCAUCAAGCGGUCCAGAGAAGACAACACUGGCGGAGGAAUUCGCGUUUGCGCAAUCAUCUUCGAAGCGGAGAAGACGGAAGCUGUCGUGGUGUUGGCCGCGAGGGCGGAGUUACAAGAUAGAUGCGCUGCCGAGCCCGCUAGACAAGGACCUCGACGAGGAUAGCAUCACGGAUCUGAGCGAAGAGAAGGCAUCUCCAAGGUAAUUUGUACCUGCAGCAGCAUAGUGCUGUUGACUAUAAAUUUUUUUGACGAUGUUGAAGAUGACUUCUGAAGAGAAUUCUGUCACGCUUUGGUCCUCGUCAGCUCUUUUUCUACUGCCUUAUGCAGGGGAGAAAUACGGUUACGGAUGAAAAAUGAAAAUUUUAAUUUUCCACUACUCCAACAGGACGCAACUGCUACUACGCAAGAUGGACCGACUAGCCAAGACGGCGACUGCCAGUACCAGCAAGAAGACGUGUGAGGUCGGCACGAGUUUUGAUGUGUACCACGGAACCAGGACCCUCCAUGUCCAGACAGAAAGUUGGGACUGUUUGCGGUUCGCCAACCCGCCAAAGAAGACUUUGACGCCCAGCGACGAGCAGAGAACGAAAGACUUUGCCUACGACACGAUGCAGGAGCUGAAACGUACGAGUUCCACCAAGAGCGGGUCCGAGAAGGAGCUGCAGGCAAUGCGCUCCACGGUGGAAACACUCAACCAGAAGCUGCGCAGUCGGGAUGCGCAGGUGACGAAUCUGACCUCCCAACUAAAACUCUCACGUCAACACCUGUGGAACGAACGGCAGCUCGCCGCCCGAGCAGAAGCACGAUUGCGGGAAUGCGCGGAGGGCUACGGAGAGUCCGCGGAGAGCCGAGCCGUGCAGUUACUGGUACAGAAUGAUUUAUUAUGAACACACACGAAAGUUUUGUUGAUGCCAUCGACAUCGAGCUUCUGUUUUGCGCAUAGCUGCCAUCGUCUCACUACGCGUUGAUCGUGAUGCUUCCCGUUGUACAUGCAAGUGUAUAAGUCAACAUUACGAACAAGUCAUCAAAGCUCAAACUCUAAUAUGCCAGACGGAGAAGCUCAAGUCUACGGGCGAAAAAUUGAACGCGGAGCGGAUGCGCGCCAUGCGCUGGGCCUUGAUCGCGAAACAGCAGCGCCAAUUUUUCAAGCACACGGAAACCUUUGGCGACUCACCCAUCGAAAUUACCAAACAGAAACACCCCGCGGGAGAGAUUUUCAGUAAAAUUUAGUGGUUUGGCUUUGGGUUUCUUCCUUUUCUUGACGUUGAGAGUCCUCUUCAAUUAUGAUCUUGAUCACGCUACUUUACUAGUGUACGCGUACGGGAGUCAACCAGGUUGAUGACUGCGCAGCGAUUCUUUAUUUUUUCUGUAGAAAAUCAAAAUCGGAUUCGGAAUGGAAUCGCUGAGAAUAUAAUCGUUGAGAGAUAAAAUGUAAAUGCUUACUGUCACAACUGCUCUCACUCUCACAUCAGUGCCACCACCGCCACUUGCGGACGAGGACGAAGACGCAUAUGGUGACUUGUGGGACGUCGGUACGGGUGCUGGCGCGAACCCGUACAACGUGGAUUCCUGGCCACUAGAGCCCAACGUUUUGGCACAGAAAAUCAACAAGCAAGUACCGUUUGGCGAAGGUAUAAUCUACUCGUUAUAUCAAUCUCAUUUCUCCUGUCUUGGUCUUCGUUUUGUGCUCUUGCUGAGGAAUUGUGACGAGAAGCGAAACAACAUGUCAUCAUCUACUAGCGUCACACGGAUAACUGUCGAGUCAUGCAGUUGUUUUUCGUUUCAUGCAUUGGUUCCGAAAAAUUCCAAUUUCAUCCACGACAGGUAUUCUCGAGGGUGAAGACGAGAGCGAGUCGGAGGCUUCUCUGCAGGAGGAGGACAUUGAAGACAGCUAGCUUGUCGUGAGGCACGACCAAAAAUUAUCAUGGACAAUUUUGAAGCAGAAUAUACAGUUUCCGGAACAAGUAUUGCAUUGAUUCUACUUCCCGUAGCCAGCCAAAUAAACUUUUAGUCAUGUUGCUUGUAGCUCUCCAAGACAGUCAAAAUCACAGAACUCGUUUGAACUGAUUUGCGAUCGUGAUCAAUUUGCAUCGUGCUAGUAGAAAAACCCUCAAUAUUUUUGAGUAGGAGGCGACUUUUACGUCUUGCCGCACAGAACUUACUUAACUAUCUUGUAGUCCCAGUCUUACUUAACGUACCUUUGCAGAAUAAAGUCACACUCUAAAAACGUACUAGGAAUCUUCAGAACUUUGUAAACCACGAGCUUCUUCGAUUGUUCAAAAUGAAACUUCACUUUUACUCAAUUACGUUCUUGAAAAAGAAUUUUACGUUGCAACUGUUUUGGCUCCACCAAACAGGUGUCACGAUGCUUUUUACACAGUAGGUUCUUGCGAUCAUUAGCUUCGCCGUAGAACUAUUUGUCACCAGUUUGACAUGGAAUGGUUAACUCAAAUCCAAAAAGCUCUGACGUAUCUACUCACUUAGCAUCUUCUUGUGGUUCAUUUUUACCGUCGUACUUCGUAUAGGUGGCAUUCCGUGGAGGUGUAGCAAGUAAGUCUUUUACCGUUCAAAAAAACAAAGACGACGGACUGUGAAACGUUAUCGCAGCCUCGUUGGUUUGUUUUUCGUUUGUAUUUUGAGCUUCCGGAACCGGAAUGUACUUUCUUGUGAAAUUCUGUUUCUUUUAUUUUUCGUUUUUCAAAUUGAAAUUUUCCGCUAU